ACAAACAUACACAAAUUGGGUUUACAUGUUUUAAGGGGACAUUCCAUGGCCUUACGAAAAUUAGCCAAGGAUUUAUUAUAGUAAAAGUGUAGUAAACAUUGUUUUCUGUCGGAUUGAUUAGUAUUUGUUUAAACACAGUUGUACUACAAAUAGGCCUAACGUUACCAUGGUAAAACUAUGGUUAGUGUAGCAAAACGAUGGUUCAUUUGUGGUUACUAUGGUAUAAUAACCAUGUUUUUGUUUUAUUUGUAGUAAAACCAUGGUUAAUUUUCGUUAGGGUAGACAUAAUGAUUUUUAUACUGUACAAACUGUAUACUAUUAUUUAAUAUUUACCCUAACCCUUUCCUUUGAUCUUUUUCUGUCCUCAGAACAUCCAGUAUACUUUAUUCCUCUGAAAUACAGGUUUCACUGAGCUGCAACAAAUGGACAUCUCUAAUGUGAGGCAGUGGACAGUUUCUGAUGUCUGUUGCUGGCUGACAAGAAAUGACCUCUCUGUACUUGCCCCGUCUUUUGAAGGUGUGUAAAUAGUUCAACAAUGACCAUUUAUAAUUGCCCUCUGUGCAACAAGAAGACAUUUUAUCUUACCCAUUUACUCAAACACAUUGGACUGUACCAUCAACAUGAGCCUCAUUUCCACAUAACUUGCGGACUGAAUGGCUGCAGCCAUAACAGUAGUUGUUUUACUUCCUACCGUUCUCAUGUUUAUCGAAAACACAAGGAACUGUUAAAACGCAAUACAGUGGACAGCCAUCAACAUGCUGAGCAUGAUUUAGGAUCGGGCAUAGUACAAGAAGAUGAGCCUGAUUUAGAAUCAGAUAUCCCAGAAGAAGACUGUGACCUAGUACAGACUGAUCAAAAGUCUUGCAACCUUACUCACGAACAAUUAAUUGAAGGUUUAAAAAAAAGCCUUUGCUUGUUUGUUUUAAAAAUUCGUGAAAAACACACAGUGCCAGCAGUUGUACAGAAAAGUGUUGUUGAAGAUCUCAGAACAGUAUGCGACACAUUUAUCACACAUUACACAGAAGCCAUCCGUUUUCAUCUGACAAAUAAGCAAAUAAACAUUGACGAUGACCAUGAGCUCCAGGCUUUGCUAAGUAACGGCUUGUUUUUUGAGCAGUGCAUUAAGAGCAUUAGUUCUGAAUGGAUGCUGGAACAAUACUGCAUCAAAGAGCUGGAUAUGAUACAACCCAUUGAAAUAUGCCUCAAUAAACAAGAGAAUGAAAAAAUCGUUUCAUUCCAGUACAUUCCUCUGCUUGCUUUGCUGCAAAAGGUUGCAAAGAACAAAGAUGUUUGGGCUACUCUUAAUAGAGCCCAAUCUGUAAAUGAUGAAAUUCUCACAGAUUUCACAGAUGGUGAAAUGUUUAAAUCAAACAGACACAUGACCUUUCACAGCUUACGUCUCCAUUUUUAUGUGGAUGAAUUUGAAGUAGUCAAUCCACUUGGUUCAAAAAGAGGAAGACACAAACUAACUGCUGUCUAUUUUAAGCUUGGAAAUCUGGACCACAAGGAUACAUCCAAGCUACAAAACAUUUAUUUGUCAACACUUGUCCAUCAUCGGUUCCUCAAAAAUGAACUCACAUCUUAUGCUGAAGUACUUCAGCCUCUUAUUACUGAUCUUGCAAUGUUGGAAACUACUGGGCUUAUGUUGUCAUGUGACGGAGAAAGUAGGUUAUUUAAUGGUACAGUGGCAUCUGUAUCAGCAGAUAACCUAUCUGCUCAUGCCUUAGCAGGACUCACCAGAAGUUUUUCAACUGGAAGAGUUUGCCGCUUUUGUCUGGCAAAUGCAAAUGACAUCAAGACUAAAUUCACAGAGGAUGAGUUCAUCAUGAGGAAUGCUGCCAAUUACAGGUAUCAUCUUGAUGCUGUUGAAGAAGAUUCAGCAAACUCAUCAGUCUACGGGAUCACUAAUGCCUGUUGCCUUUCAAAGUUGAAGCAUGUGCCCUCUCCAAUAUUACACCUCUUUCCACCGGACAUUAUGCAUGAUUUCCAUGAAGGGAUCAUACCAAUGGUCCUUAGUCUAAGUAUCUCCCAGUGGCUAAAAUCAAAAUACUUUGCACUAAGUGACUUAAAUUAUGAGAUUGAGAACUUUCCAUACAGCAAAAAUGAUGUGUCAUCAAAACCUGUACCACUCUCAGACAGAGCUCUCAAAAGUGGCCGUUUAGGAGGCAGUGCUAUGGAGAAUAUUACUCUUUUUCGACUACUGCCAUUCAUGAUUGCAGAACAAAUUCCAGAAACCGACUGUCUAUGGAGUCUUUACCUCCUUCUUCGAGAGAUAGUGGACAUUGUCAUUGCUCCUGUAAUAAGGAAAUCCUGGAUUCCAUAUCUAUCAGAGAAAAUAGUUGAGUUUUUGUCCACGUUCCAUCAACAUUUUCCUGGGAAAAUCACCCCGAAGAUGCAUUACAUGAUCCAUUAUCCAAGGUUAAUCCUAUCUUAUGGUCCUCUGGUGCAUUUGUCAUGUCUCCGCUUUGAAGCGAAACACCAGUAUUUUAAAAGAGUGGCCACAGUUCUUGGGAACUUUAAAAACAUUUCGAAGACUCUUGCCAGACGACAUCAAUUUAGGCAGUGCUGGGAACAAUCAGAUACUUAUUGCCUAGGUAUCAAUACUAAAACUGCAGACACACGAAAUAUUCCUGUGGAGGCUCUGCCAAUUGAUGCACGCAAAGCCUUAAUGUCUCAAACAACCUCUGUGCCUGUGACUGUCAGUAAAACAAAAUACAUCUAUGUAAAUAAUGUUGCAUACCAUGUGGGAGACUACAUCGUUGUCAACACAGUGCAUGCAGAGGAGAUACCAGUGUUUACGGAGAUCCGGGGAAUAUACUGUGUCAAUCAGACUUGGCUUCUGUGUGGGAAAAUGUUCAUUCCUUCCUACUUCGACAAUCAUUUCAGCUCAUAUGUUGUUGAGGAGAAGCAUCAAUGGACUGUUGUAAAACCUGGUGAGGAGAUUGGACACCACUGCCUUGAUGGUUACAGGAAGUCAGAUGGGCAGAUAUCAAUCCCACUUAGACACUGGAUUACAGUCAGUCCCUCUUGUUAAUAUUUUUUUUCCUGCUCCAUUUUUGCACAUUUCCAUUUUCAUCUAAACAAAGUUAAAAAUGUUAAUUAUUGAAUUUCUUGAUAUAACAAUUCUCUCUUUUAGAACACCAAAUAGAUGGAGAUACAUUAUUGGCACUAAAUGAGAGGAUGGUGGAGCAAUUGGUGCCAAUAAUAAAACAAAGAAUUAAAUUCAAUCGAAUGAUGGACAACCUGAAUAUCGCCAAGAGUAUGGACAAGAACCAUGACUUAGUGCUCACUCCAUCAGGUGGAAAUGGACCAUCAUAAUAUAGUUCAUGAGACAAAUUCAGGACAAACUUGGCCAACAAUUUUCAAAUUACCAGAUUUUCCAGCUCUGUUAAAACAAAAAAUGGAAAACAACAUGGCUGAAUUGCACCAGCCAACAUUCCGUUCUAAAUGGAGGUCGCAGAUUGUUCAGGUGUUGUUUGACUAUAUAUGCACCAUAACUUGGUAUCCUACACAGCAGCAGUAUAAAGAAGUCUGUACUGCACUUAUUGAGAUGUAUCCAAACUUGAGGGACCAAACAGGCAUUGGACAUGAAUCCUGGCAUGGAAUGCUGAGAAACAAAUUCAAGAAGGAACGGAAACCACUUGUAGAUCUGAAUUUAAUUAAUGUGCCAGGACAAUACAUCAGUAAAGGCAAAAAAGAAGCCUAGCUGAAAAUGAAAAUGAUCCGGCUUCAAUUGCUGAUAUGACUACAGAGGAUGAAUUUAGUAUAAGACAGCACAUAAGCAAGAUGAAGACAGAAUGUGAGAAAAAGAAACCUAACAUCUCCAUGUUGAAGGAUAAAAUGAAGAGAACCGAGAGAGAGAGAGAUGCCUUCAUAAAAGAGAGAACCACUCACGAAAUACUGAUUCAGUACCCUGCCUUGCGAUUAUCUGCAAUUAUUUUUUCAGAAAUGAAAACAACAUAUAAUAUUGACGUGGACAGAAGAAUUUUGACUGGAUUUUGGGACCACUGCAGAGAAAAUACUGACUGAGGCACAAAGAAGAGGUGUGGCUAAGGACCUUCUGGCUAUGUACACCACGGCACUUCAAUCACAUGCUGAAGAAGCACACAAAGGACUAAUGGUCAUUGCAGGAAUCCUUCUCUUGCCGUACCUGUUACAUGAUGAUCCUGCUGGACUGUACAUGAUAAACAAGCCUCCACAGAACCUCACACCAACAAUGGUGAUUACAGGAGACCCAUUUGGUGAAAGCAGCAUUGCGGUUUUUCUUGAUGGCGAAGAACUGCUUGCUGAUGAACCUGAUGACAUAACAAUGGGUGUAGGCCUUACUAUGAGUGCCUACUUUCUGUUCAACAUUAAGUACAGGAAACCAACUAAAAGUACACUGACUUUUCUGCAGUAUCUGUUGGGCAUUCAGAAGGAGAGCAUCAAGCUACCUACAGUUGUGUUGAGGCUUAUCAAUUUCUUAAAAUGUCCUGUGUGAAUAUUCCCAGAGUGAAAAUGUUACCAUUGACUGCAUUGUAAAUUGAAUUGUAGUCAAUUUGAAUUUUAGGCUACUGUUUUUGAGGAACCUGAAAUAUAUUCGAAAGUUUUAAGAUAUUUGAGUCAUAUUUAUAUUUUACAGUUUUGUCAAGAUUUAAACUCUUAAUGUAUCACAAUAUUAACAUUAUACAUGUGCUUCCAUGAAUUAGAUGUUGAUACAUUUAUUUAUUGACUAUAAGGUGAUUAUUUAUUGAACUUUUUAUUUGUA